AUGGACUCGUUACUCAGCGAUUUCGACAGUUACAGCGAGAGCAGCAGCUCGGAUGAUCAAGAGGACAUCGAGUCUCUGUACAGCGGUCGAGCCCACACCAUUUUCUCGAGCCUCGAGGAAACCAUCGAGAAAAUCGACGAUUUCCUCAUUUUCGAGAGAAGCUUCUCGCACGGGGACAUAGUUCGUCUAGUCUCCGACCCGUUAGGCCAAAUGGGUAAAAUAGUUAACGUCGAAAUGAAAGUCGACUUAGAAAACUUGUAUGGAUCAAUCAAGUCGCAAAACGUGAACUCCAAAUCCCUUCGAAAAAUACGCUCCGUCUCGAUCGGAGAUCACGUCGUGAACGGGCCGUGGCUCGGGAGAGUCGAAAAAAUCAUUGACCGUUUGACCCUCAUCUUCGAUGAUGGUCAAACGUGUGAAUUAUCCGCAGACGGGCCUGAUAAAAUUAUUACAGCUACAUAUUCACCGGAUAAUCUACUCGAGGAGGACCCAAAUUUACCGUUUUACCCCGGGCAGAGUGUUUGGGUCGAGUUACCCGUGUCCAGGUCAGCCCGGUGGUGUGGUAUUGGAAAAGAUGACAAAAACAAGCACGGCACGGUCUGCAGAGUGGACGCUGGGCUUGUGCAUGUCGAUUGGCUCGUCAGCUGCAUGGGUCCGAAAGUGGGCCCGGGCCCGCCACAGGGCCCGAUGGACUCGAGGGAUUUAUCUGUGCUGCCGUGUUUUCUCCCGCAUGCGAACUGGCAGCUCGGAGAUUGGUGUGUUCACAAUGAUCGGCUGAAGAAAGGCCGUGGGGCCCACGGAGAAGAACAACCUAGUUUUUCGCAAGUGGCUGUUGUUGUUAAGACAAGGACUAGGAUUGAUGUCCGGUGGCAGGACGGGAGUGAAUCCCGUGCGUUGGAUUCAGAUUCGGUUUUACCGGUUAGCGUUUUGGAUGCGCACGAUUUCUGGCCCGAUUCAUUUGUGCUCGAAAAGGGGAUAGUUGACGAUUUUAAUCGGGCUUCGGGCUUUGAGAAAUGGGGUGUUGUAAAGAGUGUGGACUCGAAGGAACGAACGGUGAAGGUUAAAUGGGUUGAACUUGAAUCAUCCUCUCUCGAUUCUGAGCGAGAAGAAGAGGAGAUCAUUGUGAGUGCUUAUGAGCUGGUCGAGCACUCGGACUACACGUUUGGGCUUGGGGAAGUGGUUUUUAGGAUUAUUGAUGAGAAAAACAUGGAAAAUAGUGAAAAUCAGACUGAGGGAAUUAUGGGUAACAAAUUCUUGACUUGUUUUGGGACUGUGAUCGGGUUUGAAAAUGGGUGUGUUGAAGUGAAAUGGGGCACUGGGGCUAUAAGUAAGGUUGCGCCAUAUGAGAUCUUUAGAGUCGAAAAAGGCGAAACCGUGCUCAAUAUUGAAAAUGUUGAACCAUCAAACGAGGAACUGAAGGAUUUGCAUGAUAACCCGGAAGAUGCGGGCUUGAACACUAUUUCUCGAGCUGCUAUAGGGAUUUUAAACACUAUCACGUCAAGAUUGUUCGGGUCAAUUGGCACUUUAUCUCUGAUUGGUGGAUAUAAAUGUGCAUCUCAAAAAUUGAACGGUAACAAAAGAAACCCUGAUGAAGAAGAAGAAGAAGAAGAAGAAGAAGAAGAAGAAGGAGAAGACAAUUUAGACAUGCAUGAAAAGACAAUUUCAGUACACACCAAAGAAGAAGCCAACGAGGAUUUUAUGUUUUCGUCUAGCAGCAAGCAUCACGAACCAUUUAAAAAGUUUGAUAUGGUUAAUGAUCCCUCGAAUCACCACUUUGUUAAUGAAAACGGGUCUCCUCAGGUGAAAAAAGAGUGGCUGAGGAAGGUUCACCAAGAAUGGAGCAUUUUGGAGAAGGAUCUUCCCGAAACUAUUUACGUGCGCGUAUAUGAAGAAAGAAUGGAUUUGCUUCGAGCUGCAAUUGUAGGCACUGCUGGCACUCCGUAUCACGACGGGUUGUUCUUUUUCGAUAUUUAUCUUCCACCACAAUAUCCCAACGAACCACCGAUUGUGCACUACCAUUCAGGUGGUCUUCGUAUUAAUCCUAAUUUAUACGAGUCGGGAAAAAUCUGCCUCAGCUUACUGAACACAUGGAAAGGAUCUCAAAGUGAAGCGUGGAACCCAAAGUCAUCUACAAUACUUCAAAUCCUCCUUUCUAUUCAAGCUCUCGUGCUUAAUGAAAAGCCUUACUUUAAUGAGGCCGGUUAUGAUACUCAGCUUGGAAAAGUCGAGGGAGAAAAGAACUCUGUUAGCUAUAAUGAAAAUGCUUUUCUCGUCAGCUGCAGGUCCAUGCUAUACUUACUACGCAACCCACCUAAGCAUUUUGAGGCGCUUGUGGACGAGCACUUUAGCCAGCGUAGCAAAAGCAUUCUACUUGCAUGCAAAGCUUACAUGGAAGGAGCUCCUGUAGGUUAUUACACGCUCGACUCAGAAAAAAACGAACAAGAAAUUCAGAAAGGAAGCUCGACUGGGUUCAAGAUCAUGCUGGCCAAGCUCUAUUCCAAACUCGUCGAGGCCUUUUCUGACAAGGGCUUUCAGUGCAACAAUUUUUCGGGCCAGGUACCGUAA